AUGUGGUACAGCGGCUGCAAGGGCCUGGUGCAGGGGACCAGCCCGAGCCACCUGCCCCGCGGUCACCUCCCCGGCCCUUCGGGAGCUUUAGCAGGCUCGCCUCUGCUCCCCCGCGGGCGCCAGGAGGUGGAGAGGGUCAAAGUGCAGGGAGGAAAGACAGAUGAACGUCAAGGAAUGUUUGAAAGCAGCAAAACCCCCAGUGAGAGUGGCUUGUUUCCUGUUUAUGGACUUGACUCCUCGCUGAGAGCCUCCGCCCUGAAAUUACUCUUCUGGGUGCUCCCCGACUCCGCCCAGACGCUGCUGCUAACAUUUCUCGGUCCCCUUGCAGGCCUGGAUUACAACCUGAACAGAAGAGCUGUGACAAAUCGGAUCCGGUGUGCAGCAGAAGGGGACAUUUGGAGCACAGCCGUGGGGUCAGGCCUGAAGGCUGGGAUGGCGUGGGGUCAGGUGAGUGCUGCGGUCACAGAAACGUCAACCAUCCAUUGGAAAGAAAGAAAGGGCAACCUCAACGUCAACUGCUAG